AUGCGAUGGAGUUCCGCUUUACUUGCUGCCUCGAGUCCUCUUUAUCCUUCCCGAGGGUCAAUUUGCCGACGAUGUUGCUGGCAAGCGCAGAUUCGCCGGCAACAUGCAGGCAAUCCUACCCUCAAGUCAGAAAAGCCCUAUUACGUUACGUCCCCAAUAUUCUAUGUCAAUGCGGCCCCCCAUGUCGGCCACCUAUACACGCUAGUCUUAGCUGAUGUGUUGAAGAGAUGGCAUGCUCUACUUGGGAAAAAAUCUAUACUAUGUACUGGCACAGACGAACACGGUAUGAAGAUACAGCAAGCAGCUGAGAAGGCACAACGAGAUGUUCGAGGAUUUUGCGAUGAGAUGCACCAGCCCUUUAAAGAGCUUGCCCGAGCAAUCAAUGUUGAUUGGGACCAUUUCAUACGGACGUCCGAUCCCGAUCAUCGAUUUGCCGUCCAGCAUUUCUGGUUGGUGCUCGAGGAAAAAGGCAUGAUCUACUCGAAGAAACAUGAAGGGUGGUAUUCAGUCAGCGAUGAAACAUUCUAUCCCGCAAACGCUGUUGGAUGGGCCCUCGAUCCAGCCACGGGACGAAAGUUCAUGGCUUCUAAAGAGACAGGAAAAGAAGUGGAAUGGACAUCAGAAAAGAACUACCACUUUCGAAUGUCUGAGCUGCAGGAUCGAUUACUUCAAUUCUAUGAGGACAAUCCAACCUUCGUUGUUCCUGAGACUAGGAUGAAGGCUAUAGUCCAGGAGGUUAAGGCUGGUUUGAAAGAUCUAUCAAUCUCGAGACCCAGUGAGCGGUUGAAAUGGGGCAUCCCCGUGCCGAAUGAUGACACUCAAACUAUUUACGUAUGGGUAGAUGCACUUAUCAAUUACCUUACUAAGGCAAACUAUCCCUUCCAGAUACCUGGUCGAGAAGACGCGGCAGGGUGGCCGGCAGAUUGUCACGUUAUAGGAAAAGAUAUUGUGCGCUUUCAUUGUAUAUAUUGGCCGGCACUCCUCCUCGCAAUGUAUUUACCGCUACCCAAGAAGGUCCUGACACAUGCUCACUGGACGCUGGGCAAGCGCAAGAUGUCGAAGUCGAGCGGGAUGGUAGUGAAUCCCUUCAUGGCAAUCGAUCGUUUUGGCGUCGAUUGUAUGCGUUGGUACCUCAUUCUUGAUGGGGGAAUCAAAGAUGAUGCUGCUUAUGACAAUUCAUUCAUCAUUGACAAAUACAAGAAGGGCCUGCAGGGGGGCAUCGGGAAUCUGAUUAGCCGCAUCACCAAAGGGAAGGGAUGGAAUCUUAGGAAAGCAGUGCAACAAGGGCAGCUCACCUCGACCGAAGAGCUUGACCAGCAAUUCAAAUCCUGUUUGGUGCAAUUGCCGGCGUCAGUGGCACGAAAUAUGGAGAAUCUUAAUCCAGGGGAUGCUUUGGCCAAGAUAAUGAAUGUCAUAUACGAUACCAAUGUCUAUCUGGCACAGGCAAAGCCAUGGGACCUUUCAGACAAACCCGAAGAAAAUCGGCUGAACGAGAUCAUCUACCUUUGUGCGGAGUCGAUACGCAUAUGUGGUAUUCUAUUGCAACCCUUUAUGCCAGAAAAGAUGAACACGCUCCUAAACAUGUUAGGCAUACAUGAAGAAGCGAGAAACUUCACUAAUGCGCAAUUCGGAUCGGACAAGGACUAUGGGACCCCCAAAUAUUUACUGCGGGGCGCAGAUGGCAUUCUGUUCCCCGGCCUCAGUAGCGACUUCUAA